AUGGCAACACACAAGAAACAAGUAAACUCUCUUAAUAACGUUCGCUUUUUUCCUGAUAAAUCUAAUUCGAAUAAUGUAGUCAAGGCACGAAGCCCAGUAAUUUAACCAACUCAUAGAUUAUAAUAAUAACGAAUGGCGACAAUGAAUGUGAAUUAAUAGAAUUAAGAAGCACCCCUUAAAAAACCUUAAUUGUCUCGUUGUGGAAGUAUGGGAAUGCAAACUUAAUUGCCAUGCUCAGAUAGUUUAACAAAACUGUAGGAAAUAGAAAAAGAUAUUCAAACUACUGAAGUGGAAACUAUUAGCAUAGAUAAAUUGUAGAAGUGGAGAAUAGCUUUGAUUGAGUAAUGUGAAUCUAUGGAGGAUUAAUUGGGGAAGAAGGAAGUGAAUGUUCAUCAAUAUGCUUUUAAAGUUGUACCUCAUACUCAGAUGAUAGAAAAAAGAAUAAUUGAGGAAAUUCAAAAUAGAGAAAAAUUAGAGGCUUAGACUUCUUAGAUGAUUAAAUAUUAAGACUAAGAAAUUAAUUAAUUACUUUAAAAGAUAUAAGCGUUGCAAGAAUCCUUGAAGAAAUGA